AUGUCAGACUCCAACACAACCGACGUCACCAACCCCUCCACCUUCAUCCUGAUGGGCAUUCCUGGCCUGGAGGCAGCCCAUGCCUGGAUCUCCAUCCCCUUCUGUACCAUGUACAUCAUAGCCAUCUUGGGGAACUUCACCAUCCUGUUCAUCGUGAAGAUGGAGCUGAGCCUCCAUGGGCCCAUGUACUAUUUCCUCUGCAUGCUGGCUGUCACCGACCUGGUUGUGUCUACAUCCAUCCUGCCCAAAAUGCUGAGCAUCUUCUGGUUCAAUUCCAGGGAGAUCAAUUUCAGUGCCUGCCUCACUCAGCUGUAUGUCUUUCACUGCUUCUUAGUGAUAGAGUCUGGUAUCUUAGUGGCCAUGGCUUUGGAUCGCUACGUGGCUAUCUGUGAUCCCCUGAGACAUGCCACCACACUGACAAACCCUGUGGUGGCUAAGAUCGCCCUGGCCGUACUGCUGCGUGGCAGCAUGCUCGUAUUGCCCUAUCCCUUCCUGUUGAAGCAGUGGCCAUAUUGCAGAACAAACAUCAUCCCUCAGCCAUACUGCACCCACAUAGCUGUAGUGAAGCUGGCCUGUGCCGACAUCCGUGUCAGUAGUUACUACGGACUCUUUGUGCAGUUCUGGGUGAUGGGUCUGGAUGUGAUUUUUAUUGUCAUAUCCUAUACCCAGAUCCUCAGGGCCAUCUUCUGCCUCCCCACAAAGGACGCCCGGCUCAAGACUUUUGGGACUUGCAUCUCCCACCUCUGUGCCAUCUUAGUCUUUUACAUCCCAGGUCUGUUCUUGUCUCUCACUUUCCGGUUUCACCAGAAUGUGCCCCUGCAUUUCCAUGUUCUCAUUGCCAACGUGUACCUCUUGAUGCCCCUCAUGCUAAACCCUAUCAUCUAUGGGGUGAGGACCAAACAGAUCCGGGACAGGCUGCUCCGGCUCUUUACUCAUAAAGGGGCCUAA